AUGGCCAUCUUCGGUCUCUUCGGAUCGUCCACCCCAGAACAACAGGAGCCCUCUGCUUCUGCCGACCUCUUCAGCAGCACCAACUUCAGAUCAAACGUCAUCCCCUCAGAGCAGCCCCAGCAAUCCUCUUCCUUCCUCCCCGAUCCCCCUUCUCAGCCAAAUGCUACCCCUCCUCCUCCAGCCUCCCAGCAACACGCUCCUACGGCUUUAGAAGCUCUCGGCUCAGCGUUUGAUCCCGCCAGACUGCACCCUUUGGCGGGUAUCUCGGAAAACCUCGAUUUCUUGCAAUUGGAUGAGGAGAAGUUGAAUGAAUUGGAAGGCUCAGCGAGUGUGCUGCCCAGUAGGGGAUGGACAGAUGAUCUCUGUGUGGGAACGGGAACGACUUACGUCUCUGGGCUGGCUGCUGGUGGUCUUUGGGGUUUCAAAGAUGGUCUCUCCAGACCGCUGGGUAACAAUCCCUCGUUCAAGCUUCGGCUGAACAGUAUCCUGAACGGUUGUACGAGGCGAGGUAGUUUCAUGGGUAAUUCGCUUGGUGUCCUUGCCAUCUUUUACAAUCUCACAAACUCUUCCUUGGACGCCGUCCGGGGCAAGCACGACGUCUUUAAUGCCGUUGCCGCCGCUUCCGUCAGUGGUGCCAUAUUCAAGUCCACUGCUGGUCUGCGACCCGCCAUGGUCGGUGCUGGUAUCGGUGGUAUCGCCGCCAGCGCUUGGUCUGGCUUCAAGUCUUUUGUCUAA